UCGAUCUCAUUUGAUCAAUUCCGAUCAAGCCGCCGACGUCGCGACACGUAUCAGCCGUUGUUGAUUACCUCCAUUCUGCACUGUAUUUAAUUUAGUUUUCUCAAAAUGUGGCGUUCAUCUUCGUUCAAGCUGGUUUUAGCUGGAGGAAUAGUUGCUGCUGGUGCUGUAGCAGUCUACAUGUCGAAGGGUAAAUGCAAGAAGGCCAAGAUAAACGACAUGAUUCAAGAAUUGCGGAGGAGUCAUGUUCAUAUACGAGAUCCGGAGAGAGUGGCUUCUAUCAUUGCACAGCUCGUCAAAGAUGGACGUCAAAAUCUACAGGUUGUUGCAGAUUUUGACAGAACAAUAACAAGGUUUAUGUUUGAAGGCAGGAAGGUACCCACUUGUCAUGCUGUCCUAGAUGAUUGCCAGGCUCUGCCCGAAAGCUACAGGGAGGCAGCACACAAGCUACGAUCCAAGUACUACCCGCUUGAGAUGGCAAAUAACAUUACGAUCGAUGAGAAAUAUAACCUUAUGGUAGAGUGGUGGACAAGUGCGCACAACCUGCUUGUGAAAGCUGGACUCAAGCGAUCAGACCUGAAGGAAAUGAUUGCUAGGUCAGGCAUGGUACUGAGGGAAGGAACCACAGAGCUCUUCAGGAAGCUCAGCGAAGCCGAUGUACCUUGCCUUGUCUUCUCUGCAGGAAUCGGGGACAUCCUGUCCGAAGCCAUUCGCCAGUUUUCACAGUUCUUUCCCAACAUGCAGGUUGUUUCAAAUUUCAUGGACUUUGAUGACCAGGAUAACCUUGUAGGGUUCAAGGGCGAGCUGAUCCACACGUACAACAAGCACGAAGUCGCUGUUCACCAUCCUGAAUUCUUCGACUGUCACAAGCAUAGAACCAAUGUCAUCCUGCUAGGAGAUACGCUAGGUGAUCUUACAAUGGCUGAUGGCAUGCCGCAGGCCACUUCUAUACUUACCAUUGGAUUCCUUAAUGAUCAUAUUGAUCAAAACCUUGAGUCCUACAAAGAGAGGUACGACAUAGUUCUUAUAUCAGAUGAAACAAUGGAUAUAGCCAAUGCUCUCCUUCAGAAAAUAUUAUAGAGACAGCCAUCAUUGCCAUUUCCUGUGACUUCACAUCUCACGAGAGAAGGGAGACAGAGAGCACUAGUCUUCCGUCUUCUGCACCAGAAUUUAACGCAUUGCCUGCUGAAGUCUGUUAGUCUUUUUUCUAGGAAACACCCAGUUCCAGUAGCCAAUGGGUUAACUUCAUGAAAUCCCAAGCCUCAUUUGGUUUUACUUCAUAAGAGUUGGUUCACAUAACUCUAGCAGAAACAUGGUAUUACUUAAGUGAAAGCAUUUCAAGAGUAGGUUAUCUACAUACUGAGCCUUAAAAUAGUAAAUUUCAUUCACAUAUUUCUGAAAAUUAACCAUGGAAUGUUCUUUAUACAAGCGGCAUGGAAACUGGUGUCCCUGUCCAUGUCAUAUAAUAUUCCAUGCAGGAGUUAUCAAACAACAUCUGCAUAAAUUCGCACAUCGAUGGAGAUCUCUUUGAUAUAUUGGCAAAGCUUAUUCUGCAGAGUCAACUUCAGUGCCCAAGGAACCAAGACUGAAGUAACAAAUUUGACCGAGGAGAAUAUUAUGUCUUUGAAUGUCAAAGAACCUCAUGGAUUGUUAUCCAUUAGGAUGGAGCGCUGUCUCCAUGUACCUCAGUCUAGGUUCUACUGAAGUAACUAUCAACCAAAGAUAAAUGAAGCAGUAAUGUUGCAUUGAACUGCCUUUGAAAACUUGUCUUACACGCCAUUCAUGCUGCGAAUCUGCCAUUUAUGGGUAUGCUGCUGUAUCACUGCCUAGUUUCUUCUGGGGCCUGUUGCAGAAAGAGUUGCGUUUUUGUUAAAAUAUCAAGCGCAAGUCCCGAAAACGGGUGCUUCAUUGGAUGAAAAUCAUGUUGUGCAAGAUAUUUUGAGUUGUGUUUGAUCGCAUCUCUUUCUGCAACGGGCCCCAGCUUUGCUACCUAAUGCUAUAGUCACACCUAUAUAACCAGCUCCACACCAAUACAAACUGUUACUUUACUUUGUAUUUUUACUUGUGUAUCGACGAUUGGUUUGGAGUCAGUUUUGUUGGAGGGCUUAUAGCGUAAACUUUGGUCAUGUCCAUUGGCUUAGCCACAUGUCGCGCUUUUAAAAAGUGGCCCCCAUGUUUUGUUGAAGUAUCCUAUGAAUAGCAUCAAGAGUUAUUUUUCUAUCCUUUAAACAAGUGAAUUGAAUCAGUUCUAGUAUCUGUCAACCAAGCCAGAGCCAAAUUCAUGACCACAUUGGUAUAAUUUGAGAAUCUUAUCAUCAUUUAUAUGGGGCAUUAGAUAUCAGGACUUUCAAUAGCACUUGUAUAUUGGUUAAAUUUUCCUCACUCGUACUACUGUAACAACGGUCAGGUCUCAUGCUAGAAUGGUACUAGUAUAAAGCAUUUCCUAUAUACUUCUGUAAACCCGAAAAGGAUUUGUUGACAAAUGACAGUACAUGUUGAGAAAACACCUACAGUUACCUCUUAAUGUCUCAUUGUUGGCUAUACCUAGCACCUUACUAGCAUUUUUUUACAAACGUGUGAUAAAAGAGGUACAGCUUCCAUGCUCCAACAACUCUCGUAAGAAGCUGUUUCUUGCAACCUCAGCUGGAAUAUGGGAUCAUUUACAUCAUACAAGCAUGCUGAUUGGUUGUUGCCCUCAUGGAACUACAUGUGCGGCAUAAAUCUACUUGGAUGUAGAUUUUGGCCAAUCACCUCAAUGGGGUUUGUUCAGUGUUGUAGUCAAGGCCUAAAAUCUCAAGGCCAAAGCUUAGGCAUUACGUUCUAAAGACCAAGGCUAAAGGCCUUGGAACCCAGGCCGAGGUCAAGGCAUGAACAAAAAAUAGGCUCUAGGGCACAUUCAAUCAUCCAGACACUACAACACUGCUUUUCUUCUCUUCCAUUUUGUAUGCUAACUGCAGAUUCUACGUUCCUUGCGGUUGCAAAAACAGCAUAUAAACCUAUCUCUCAGUGAGUCUUUAUCUUGAGUACUACAAAUGACUUAACACCAAAUUGACAGAAAUACCUUUGUCUAUUUCAAUAACAUCAUUAUUAAAUGGAUAUAGUGUAUUUCUGUAUUAUCAAUCAUGGUAAUUAUAAAUUAUGUAUAGGAUGUGAAGGUCAAGGAUGGUUUGAUUGGGAUAGACUGGUAUUUUAUGGUAGAUAAGUCUUGUUAUAUUUAUGAAUUGCUGAUGAAUAGUAAUUUAUUCAUAAUAUAAAUGAAUGAAUGUGAAAUAGCUAUGUAGAUCAUAUUUUCUUAGUAUUCUCUUUGGGACAGAUAUUUGAUACAGAAAAUUAUUAAAUUAUAUUUUGAGAGGCGGUGUGCUAUACUACUUGCAAAAAAAUGACAUUUAAGGGACUACAAUGAGGUUGAACUCUAUGCUCUUAGAGAAACGUUUCGGUCAUUUCAAGGUUAUAAAAAGUAACCUUGAAACAUUAUUAAUGAAUGAAUAAAUAGAUGAAGAGAGAAAUAAAGGAAUGAAUGAGUAAAUGAGUGAGUGAAUGAGUAAUGAGUGAAUUAAUGAAUAAAUGGUGUGAAUGCUCAGUUCAGUAAGAGAGUAAGUAUGGGAUGUGCACUAGCAAACUAUCUCUUAUCAUUCAGUAUUUUUUUUUCAAAUAUAAAUUUUGAAGUUUUAAUGCCUGUAUAGAAGCAAAGAACUGAGUGCCGCCUGUUUCCAUAAGAGGUGUGUUUUUUUCAAUUUUCUGCUGCAAAUUUCUUCCUGAUUUGUGAUUUUUGUCUUGUUUCAAGUGUUUUCUUAUCUUUUUCUUUCAAAAUUUGCUUAUAGUCCCAUGUAGAAUUAGCCAGACAUUGCUUAGAUAUUGAUAUAUAUCCAAAUAUUUUUAAAGCAUAUUUUGAAACAAUAGUGAAGUAAAUUUCAGUGUGUAUCAGAAAUCUUUUUACACUCUUUAUGUGAAUACCAUUUAGCUUACCAUAGAUUGUAAAGAUUCUAGCUAUAAUCUAACUUGCAAGAGUUAACCCUAAAUAGACUGGGCUAUUUUGAUGCCUAAGAAGACUGGGGGGGGGGGGGGGGGGCUGAUUCAGCCCCCCCCCUAUGAUCUCGGCCGUCGACCGCGCGAUCGCGACGAAAAUUUGCAUGUGCAUUACCCAUGGCAUAAUCUUCAAGACUAUAGGAUCAAAUUUUCCGAAAAAUCUCAUAAUUCAUUAAUUAUGCUAAUUUAUGCAUAAAAUCAAAGAUUUGCUCUAAUUAACUAGAUAAGGCCUCUAAACUGCUCAUUAUUUAUUCACAGACUCUGAAAGAUUCUGAUCAAAUGUACUUUAAAAAAAAAUCAAUAUCACAAUUCUUUUCUUAUGUAUUUUAUUGUUUUUUAAAUUUCUUAUGUAUUUCUUUGUUUUUCGACUUUUUGUUUUUUAUUGUUUUUUCAAUGGAAAUCGUCCGCUACUUUAUUCUGACCAUUAACAAGAUGAAAUUAAUUAAGUUUGAUUAGGAAAAUUGAAAAUAAUGAUACAUUUAUGAAGUUUGGCUAAAAACACAAUUUGCAUUGGAUUUGUACACAAAUUCACGUUUUUGAGCAAUUUCGGGUCGACAUGCACUUACAAAAUGUUGCGUAAUUUCGGAACCACGUACUCUGGCGUCGCAAAUUUGGUCUCAAAAGUUGCGCAAGACUUGAAAGAAAAAAGUCAUGGAACGGCACAGCGCCAGCUUUUCGCGUUACAGAUUUAUCGCGAAAAAAUGACGAGGGGGGGGGGCUGAAUCAGCCCCCCUCCCAGUCUUUUUAGGGUUAAGUGUGACCUAAUGUUGCAUUUAAAUUCCUUGCUGCAGAUUUGUUAGCCCGCCACUGCAUCCUAAUAAGAAUGAGCUAAUAGAUUAAACAUACUGUACUUUGUAAGUAAUUGCACUCAAGCAUGACUCCUAAGUCAUUUAAAUUUGUGUAAAACAGCCUGGUGGGUGUUCCAUGAAGUUGUUCGUAAGUUAUUCCCGAUUGACUGUGGCAACUAGACUGGUGACCUUUUCUCAGGAGCUAAAUCACCAGUGAUAAUUUGGGGAAUAUACAGUUGUGCUCAAAAAGUUAAUGAACUCCACCACAAAAUGCAUUCCUUCAUGCUGAGUGUUGAAUGUAGACAACAGCACUACAAUGUUUGGCGAGCCCAGAGAAACAAAGUUUAAUUAAUGUAAUAUUUCAUCACCAGAGAUCACAGUUAAAUAUCUAAAACAUGGCAGAACUUGAACACUUUAAUUUUCUGGUGGAGUUCACUAAUUAUUGAGCACCACUGAAACAAUCGCCAGUUAUUUGUAAACUCCUGCAUAAUGUACAAACAGCUUUAUGAAACAGCCCCCAAGUGAAAUAAAUAGGUAUUCUUGCCUUUGUGAGCUUUACUUGAUGUAUUUGAAUUGUUAUAAAUGGACAUGCAUACCUUUUGAAAAUUUUAUUCUGUACAAAGACAAAACAGGAAAUGAAAACCCUUACUUCUCCCCAGCUAUGAAUUAUAGAAUGUAUAUCGUAGAGAAAAUUCUGAUUAGCGAGGAUUACUUCCACCAUUUAGUAUUUGUAUUUUUGAUUGUGUUUCCAUAUAAGAACGGUUAGUGUGUUGUUUCUUUGUCAUGUUUUCAAAGUUUUAUGUUAAUAAUUUUCCAUCGAUUUUUAUUAUUAUUUCAUUUUGAUAAAAUGUAAAAGAAUACUGUGUCAAGAGAAAGUUUAAAAUACUCCUAAUUUUCUAAACCUCCCUCCCCCACCUAAAGAUGAUUUAAACAUUUUUUAGCUUGUAUAAAAAGAAAUAUUCGCACAAAUAAGUAUUGGCUUCAAGAUAGGUAUGUAUAGUUAAAGGUGGCGUAGUAGCAAAGAUUAAUAUGAUAACCUAAAUUGACUUAGACCACACUAUUAUGGAGUGUCAUUUACAGACUCAUUUAACAAGCACGAUUUAGUUCUUUAGUGAGAAGUUGUCAAAAUGAAUAUUGUUGUGAAAGGAGAAGUAAAGCAUUUAUAAUCAUACAAUUAAUUCUUUGGUACUUUCUCUUUUUUUUACCUGAAUUUU